AUGUCGUCGGCGUCGCCGCCGCAGUGGCAGUGGGAGAACGCCACCGCCGGCGCCGUCGCCGGCUUCGCAACCGUCGCCGCGAUGCAUCCUCUCGAUGUCGUCCGCACCAGGUUCCAAGUCAACGACGGCCGAGUCUCCAAUCUUCCGACUUACAAGAACACGGCGAACGCUAUCUUCACCAUUGCUCGAUCGGAGGGACUGAGAGGACUCUACGCUGGCUUCUCUCCGGCUGUGAUUGGCUCCACUGUUUCGUGGGGUUUAUACUUCUUCUUCUAUGGAAGAGCCAAACAGAGGUAUUCUAAGAAUGGGGAUGAGAAGUUGAGUCCUGGUCUUCAUCUUGCUUCUGCAGCUGAAGCUGGUGCUCUGGUUUCUUUGUGCACAAAUCCUAUUUGGCUUGUAAAAACAAGAAUGCAGCUUCAGACUCCUCUCCAUCAAACACGACCAUAUUCUGGUUUUUAUGAUGCCUUGAGAACCAUAAUCAGAGAGGAAGGAUUUGCUGCACUGUAUAAAGGUCUUGGUCCUAGCCUUUUUCUGGUCUCCCACGGUGCUAUACAAUUCACUGCAUAUGAAGAACUCCGUAAAAUUAUUGUUGAUUUGAAGUCUAAAAAAAGCACAAGUAAUUCUGGAAGUUCGGAUACCGUGUUGAAUUCAUUUGACUAUGCAGCCUUAGGGGCAUCAUCAAAAGUCGCUGCCAUUCUUCUAUCAUAUCCAUUCCAGGUUAUACGAUCUCGAUUGCAGCAACGACCUAGUUCUGAAGGAAUUCCAAGAUAUAUGGAUAGCUGGCAUGUGAUAAGGGAAACUGCGCGGUUUGAGGGUGUUCGAGGCUUCUACAGAGGGAUUACACCAAACCUUCUAAAAAAUGUUCCUGCUUCUUCAAUAACAUUUAUUGUAUAUGAAAAUGUACUGAAAUUUCUAAAAUCAGCUAAAAGGAACGGGUAG